GCAAUCGUAAGUUCGUAGAUCCUGUGACGUCACCCCCAACGCUGCACAACCCUUCACACACCGCCUCUCCUCCAACACCACACCACACAAAAUGUCAUCCACAAACACAGGCACGAACACAGGCUCUUCCGCCGCCUCCGGCGUCAAAGGAAUCGCAGCUGCAAUCCACGGCGCUGGCGAACAACUCCGCGGAACCUUCAACUCUGGCGUCGAUGCCGCGUUCAACGACAAGGAAGGUGUUGCGAAGAAUGAGGCUGUUACGCAGCAGGGACGGAAUGAGGUUCAGACCGGAGAGCCCGGGUGCGGACAGGGUUUGGGUGCGAAUCCGGCGAGUGGGGAGGGGAGGAGGUUGUAAGUCUUUUCAACUGAUGCGACAAACAAGGCGAAGAGGGUAUGCUUGGAAUGAAUGCUCUUGACGGGCACAAGGAGUGUAUGCUUAGCGUUUCCUGGGAUGAAUCCCACUGAGAGGCUUAGGGUACAGGUCCAUUGCAAAUGAAUACUUCAGU